AUGGCCAACCUCAACAUUACCAUUCCUAAGUUGAAACUCAACGACGGAACCUCAAUGCCAAUGCUCGGCUAUGGUACCGGCACCGCCUGGUUCAAGACUGGAGAGGAAAGCAAGAUAGAUCAGGCUAUCAUUGAUUCAGUCAAGAUCGCAACCAAGUUGGGGUACACUCAUCUUGACGGUGCAGAGGUCUACAAGACCGAGACUGAACUCGGCACAGCCAUCAAAGAAAGUGGUGUCCCUCGUGAGAAGUUGUACGUUACUACCAAGGUGAACAAUGACAACAUCAACAACAUUGCUGGAGCUAUCAAGACCAGCUUGGAGAAGUUGCAACUAGAUUACGUCGAUCUGUACCUCAUUCACCAGCCCUGGUUCGCAGGCUCAGACGAAGACCUCCAGAGAGCAUGGGCAGACAUGGAAGCCGUGCAAGCGUCUGGUCUCGCGAAAUCCAUCGGCGUCUCCAACUACCUUCCCAGCCAUCUUGCCGCAACUCUCAAGACUGCCAAAGUCAAACCAGUGUGCAAUCAGAUCGAGCUCCACCCUUAUUUGCAACGCCCGGAGCUUCUGGAAUUCCACAAGCAGAACGGCAUCGCCACGACCGCCUACGCGCCUCUAACUCCUGCUACCAAGGCCAAGCCUGGCCCACUGGACGAUUACGUGGAGAAGCUGACGAAGAAAUAUGCGGUAAGCGAGAAUGAAAUCUACCUCAGGUGGUGCAUAGAUCAGGACAUUGUGCCGAUCACGACAAGCGGGAAGGAGCAGAGACUGAGUGAUUAUCUGAGGGCAACUACGUUCAAGUUGACACCAAGGGAGGUCAAGGACAUCAACGAGAUCGGACAGAACAAGCACUUCCGCGGAUUCUGGAACCAUGUCUUCAAGGGUGACGAUCGGUCGUAG